GUGGAGUCAGUUACUUUUACCUCCCAUGUGCGUCAUUUUUAGAUCAGGUUACACUUUUUCUUUAUGGGAGUUAAACGAAUAGAUUAUAAAAAUACAAUGUUUUAGUUUUUUUUAGCAGAAUCAAGUAGCUUAUAGUAUAAAUUAAAAGGAAGUUGGCAGUGCGUAAUGGGUUAACGGCGGAAGGCCUGGCCUCACCUUUUAGUGCGCGUCACCCGACGGAGUGAAGCUGUGAAGCGGCCGCCAGCAUCAUCCCCAUCCGGAGAGUCACCCAGACCGUGGAGAGGAGGGGGACCAGCGCUCUGUCUCCGCCGCCACUCGCGCACUUGUCUCGGUGUCGCUCUUAUCUGACUCGGUGAGCAGACGCUGGAGAGCAUCACACUCAUCCUCGACGCUCCGGGAAAUACAGCCUCAAGAGUGAGAAGCGGACGAUUGAUAAGGAGACAUGAAGGACCGUAUGCAAGAACUUAGACAGGGGAAGGAGACAACAGAGGAAGAGGAUGAAGUUGCUGUGGGGAUGGAGAAAGGCUUCAUGGAUGAGUUCUUUGACCAGGUGGAGGAGAUCCGUGGGUUCAUUGAGACUUUGGCAGACAAAGUGGAGGAGGUAAAGAGGCAGCACAGUGCUAUACUUGCUUCACCCAACCCAGAUGAAAAAACUAAGGCCGAGCUGGAAGAUCUCAUGGUGGACAUCAAGAAGCUGGCCAACAAAAUCCGCUCCAAACUAAAAAGUAUCCAACAAACUAUAGAACAAGAAGAGGGGCAAAACAGAUCAUCGGCAGAUCUGAGAAUACGUAAGACACAGCACUCCACACUGUCCCGUAAGUUUGUGGAAGUGAUGUCUGAGUACAACACCACGCAGUCAGACUACAGAGAGCGUUGCAAAGGCCGCAUCCAGAGGCAACUAGAGAUCACCGGAAGAAACACAACAAAUGAGGAGUUGGAGAGCAUGUUAGAAAGUGACAACCCAGCUAUUUUCACCUCUGGAAUCAUUAUGGACAACAUCACACAGCAAGCAAUGAAUGAAAUUGAGACACGGCACAACGAAAUUAUCAAGCUUGAGAACAGCAUCCGAGAGCUGCAUGACAUGUUUAUGGACAUGGCAAUGCUGGUGGAAAGUCAGGGUGACCUGGUGAACAACAUUGAGCAUUGUGUUUUAGGGGCUCAGAAUUAUGUGGAAAAUGCAAAAGAGAACAUCCCUAAAUGCAAAAAGUUUAAAAAGCCUAAAAAGAAAGUGUUCCUAAUUGGAGGAUGCAUUGCUGUUUGUCUGGGCAUUGUAAUUAUUUCCCUGGCAGUGGGUCUUGCUUGAGGAAUAAGAAAUGUAGAAAAAACUUGUUUAUAUUUAUUUUAUUUAUUCAAAGAAAAACUAAAAUGACAUGUUGGCCCUAUUCAAAGGUGUAGUAUGUUCAGUUGCAGGGUCUGCUUGCUUGUCUUCAUAGAGAUCUUGUUAUUUAGUUGCAAAGAUGACCCAACCCAUGAAUAAAAAGAACUAAAAUGAGCUGAAGUCAGGUCAUUGGAAUUAAUCUCUGUAGAAGGCCAUGUCUUUCAACUUUGAUGGCCUUAAAACUGAACUGAAGACGAGAUACGGUGUCUGAUGUUACAAUCUUACUUGUCAGAUCUAUGAGUAAAAAUGCACGUCUUUCAAGAUAUUUCUGAGGAAUUAAAACACCUGCAAAUGAAUACAAGAUAAGUUCAAUGCACUGCUGUGGCGUGGACCAUAAGCAAAGAAAUAACAUGGAGACAAGCAGGUGACUCCCCCAACAGAAAAGUUACACUGUGCACCUUUAAACACAUUAUGUCAAGUUAUGAACUCAAAGUGAACUCUCUGUGCUGUAAAUGCAUGCACUUUUGUGUCCAGCAGCAUUGUGUCCAGAUGUUGUGUGCAUGCUGCAGCUUGUCUCUGUUUAUAGGAGGGUACUAAAUCUAAGAAAUGUUGUCCAAGUCUUGAUUGGGCACAUUUUAAAAACAUGUUAUGUCUGCAAAACUCUUUUUUUGAUUGAACAAUUAGGUAAAUAAAAUAAAUGUUACUUUAAAGUACAGUGAAGCAGAAACAUAUUCCACACUAUUAGUACUAAAUGAUCUGUUUUUACAUUAUUAUUUAAGAUUAUAUUACUAUUAUUUAUUUUUUUAACAUUAACCUUAUGUAGGUACGGCAAGGCAAGUUUAUUUGUAUAGCACAAUUUAUACAUACACAAAGUGCUUUACAGAAUAAGAAAAACAUUCAAAUCAGAUCCACAAAAGCAUAAUUAAAUAAGUAUUACGUUUAUACAGUCACAAUUUCACAUUUUCACGCCAUUUAUGAUUAAAAUUAUACAGCAACUAUGUGGUAUCUCAUAUCAAGAUGUUUUGUUGUUGUUUUUUAUCAUUAAUCUUAUGUUGGCAAGGCAUGGCAAGUUUAUUUGUAUAGCACAAUUUAUACACAAAUUAGCAUUAUAAGAGAAGGGUGCAGAAUAAAAACCUUUCAGUCAUAUGCACAGCUAAACAGAACCUUUUGAAGCCUGGAUUAAACAUUGUUAAUGUAGAGGCCUGUCCCACAUCUUUAGGAAGACUGUCCCUCAGAGAUGUACUUUGGUGCUAGGCCAUGAAGAGAUUGUAACUAUUCUUUAUAUAUUGGCAACUAAUAGAACUUAUCAUAAGCUUUAAUUUGACUUUAUCCAACAUCCUUUUGUUUUUCAGUCAUUAAAUAUUUCACAUUUAUACUGAAUAUUUCAUCUGCUCUUUGUUUUAACUCUGGGUCUGGGUGUAAUGAUGCAUUUGAAUGUACACUGUAAUGUUACGUUUUCUCCUUAAUAACAAACCCCUUUCUGUCUCCAUAAUGCUGCUUUGGACGCUCUCCACUUGUUUACACUGAACAGAAGAAAAUCAUGAUUAUUAUAUGCUGUGUGAUCCUGGGCAUUGUCGUUGCUUCCGUAGUCGGAGGCACACUGGGCUAGAGACACACAAUGGCAGCUGUACAAGAGCAAAUACACACCACAUUUUUACAGUUUUGUGGUCAACCUCUGUCUCCAACAUGAUGUACAGUAGAUUUUACUCAGUGGACACAGACCGGAGGUGUUUUUCGCAUGAGUUGCUAUUUUGUAAAACCGUAGUGCUGCAAACUGUUAUCUUGAGUGUUGUAAUAUGUGAAAUGGUACACUACUAAUGGUACAUUCCAGCUGUAAAGGCAAACGUUACAGGUCAGUAUUCAACAGUGUUGUUUUCAUUUUGUUAUGUUGUCUGUUCUCUCUGACAUAGCGCAAAAAUAGCAUGUUUAUACACUAUUUGUUCCUUUAAGUGGAAUAUUAGUUUUAAUCUGGUCCUACUUUGUAAAUGGGAAGAAAUGUGAUGCUGCCAGGUGAGUAAAAAUCUUCAAACAAUAUUGAUAUAUUUCAGAUUGUGAAACCAUAAGAUCUUUAUUUAAGAAUGUCAUGUUUUAUUCAGUUGGUAUAAACGUUUGCCCUUUGCAGGAGUUUAUUUCACCCACCUUGUCUGUGGGAAUGCAGAGUCUGACUUUGUUUGGUGCUGAACUUUGUGAGAAAAAUACAUACAAUUAAAGUUGCACUUUUGAGAAUGAGAAUCUAUUUGCACUCCGGUGUAACAAUUUUUCUUCACCUGGCAAAUAACUGAUCUAUCCAUUAAUUACAAAAUCACUUGAGCUGGUCUUGCAGCCUCUGACUCCAGUCUUGAGCGGGUGAGCGCAUGCAGAACAUGAUGUUUUGUGACAGUUUGAUUGAGUUGAAUUCUGUGACAAAGAGGGAGCCACUUGUGUCCUUGUUUUAUAAAUGUAUGCUGAUAAAUAAGUCUCUCUAACACAGCCAGUAUGUUCAAAUGAAAUAAGAUGUUUAACUCCUGUUGUACUGUAUGUUUUUAUUUCAAAAUCCUAAGCUUUAAUCUGUCUUUUGUCAAGCAAUUUUAGACAAGAAAAUAUGUGCAUGAUUGACUGGUGACAUAAACAAAUUAUUAUGUUUACCAUGUUGCCUAUACAACUUGUUGCCUUGUGUUGUAUUGUGUAUAUUGUUUCUGUCAAGAUUUUUUCAAGUAAAUUUUGUCCGAAGGG